GUUGAGGAGAUGCUCCGGAAACCUCAGGAUCCCAACUGGGCGAAUGCCUUCGGUCAGACGCCUCUCGUGGUGGCCUCGGACUUAGGGCAUCUGGAGGUUGCAGCUUUGCUUCUAGAGGCAAAGGCCGACCCGGACCUCCUUGGUUCGGCUGAAGGUGAUGGAGAGCAGCAGACACCCCUGUAUCUGGCAUCCACAGAAGGCCACCUUGAGAUAGUGCACCUGCUCUUGGAAGCAAAUGCAGAUCACGGGAUCUUAAGUGGAUCCCACGGGAGGACGGCGCUUUACCAGGCGUCUUGGCAUGGGCACCUCGAGGUUGCUCGUGCUCUUCUGGACUUUGGUGGCGCUGUGAACCAGAAGGAUGGGUGCUGCCACACUGCUCUUCAGGCUGCUGCCAUCCGUGGCUACGGGCGCAUGGUGCGACUGCUCUUAGAUGCUGGGGCCAACGCCGAUGUGGAGGGGAGCUUGGGAGACUCCCCCCUCCUCCACGCUGCGCAGGAAGGCCAUGUGGAGGUGGUCCGGCUACUGCUGCAGGCUUUGGACGGGGAACAUCUGAGCUCUCGGCAUUUGGAUGUCGUCCGCUCGCUCUUGAAGUCUGGGGCCGGUCAGC